GGAGGAGGUACAACUUUAGAUGUCUCCAUAGUCUUUUCCUUUCAGGAAACACAUCCUGUUAAUGUUUGACCGCUGUGGCAGUGGCUCUGUUUGUUGCAGUCUGACUACGCCCUGAGGCUCACCAAAAACAGCCACAAAAACAGCCGUUUCCUCUUGGAGAGCUGGGGGGGCCUUUUCCUCGCAGCAGUGGCUGUUCCCCCGUCCCUGCACUCGCAGCUCGGAUCUUCAGAGGGACACAGCGGAGCAAACUCUUCAAGAUACUCCAAGCUUGCAGAGUCCUUCCAGUCCAGCUUGGCUUUGAGAGAAUGCCACUUGUCCCAGUUGGUGGGAUACACUGAAGUUUGCAACUGAAAAAGAGGCUUUUGGAGCAGCCCACGUUGAGUCGGAGGCGCCAGCGAACUUGGCUCGCUUGACAAGCAUCCCUGCCGCUGCACCCACAGCAGCUCAGGCUCUCCUGUCUUGAGACUGGAUUCUUUUUGGAUUCGCCUUGUCUCACAAGGAAUGGACCUCCCUGUCAUUCAGUUCAUUGCAGGACUGGCAUUACUUAUCAAAGUGCAAGAAGGUGGAUAAGCCAAAACUGGGAAGGACCUGAAAAAGCUUCUUUGUGUUCUUAUUUUAUGGAAUUCUCCUACCUACCUCGCAAAAGUCUCAUUUCCUUGAUCAGAAACACCUCUGGAACUGACUUUGAGAAUGAACGGUGAUGUCCUCUAGCCCUUGGUAACAUCACAGCAAGGCUGCCUCUGUUUCAAGUCCAAGUUCAAUGUGCUGCAGCUGACUGAGACCUGGUGUCUUCUGCAAAUAGAGACUGGCAGCAAGCGACAGUCAGAUAUGACUGUCCACAAACUGGUAGCCACAGCUGUGUUGGUAGCCCUGGUCUCACUUAUUCUUAACAACGCAGCUGCCUUCACUCCCAACUGGGUCUACCAGACGCUGGAGGAUGGGCGGAAGCGCAGCGUGGGGCUCUGGAAGAUGUGUUGGCUGGCAGAGAAGAGCAGAGGAGGUGCAAGCACGAGUGCCAGGCAUGGGAACGGGGAAGAGCGCGAGUGUGAAGCCCUGGGCUGGGGCUCAGAGGCAGCUGGGUUCCAGGAGUCACGCAGCACUGUCAAACUGCAGUUUGACAUGAUGCGUGCUUGCAACCUCAUCGCCACCGUUGCUCUGACUGCUGGCCAGCUCAUCUUCGUCCUAGGCCUGAUGGAGUUACCCAUCAUUUCUCAGGAUACCCAGUGGUGGGAGGAGGCCAUAGCUGCUGUCUUCCAACUUGCCAGUUUUGUUCUGGUUAUAGGACUGGUGACCUUCUACCGCAUCGGACCAUACACCAACCUCUCGUGGUCUUGCUAUCUGAACAUCGGAGCAUGUCUUUUGGCCACACUGGCAGCUGCCAUCCUCAUAUGGAACAUCCUCCACCGGCGUGAGGACUGCAUGGCCCCCCGGGUCAUCGUCAUCAGCCGUACCCUGACCGCUCGGUUUCGCCGGGGACUGGAGAACGACUACGUGGAGUCACCGUGCUGAGUGAAGGAGUGGGCUUGACAGGGGAAAGAUCUCCAAGGAGAUUUGCAUUGGAGUUGUUUUCUAGAAAUAUGUACUAUAAUUUAAAACUAAGGGUUGCAAGACAUCACAAAGCUCAUUCUUGUGGGCAGAGGCCCUCAAUUAGUAUUUGGAUGGGCUCCAUCUUUAUAUAUAUGUAUAAACCACAUAAUUUUAUAUAUAUUAUAUUAUAUUGCCCUCUCCCUCUGCUGUACAGCAUAGAAUGUUGGAUUGUCAGAAUCCUGACAGAGCAUCACAGCUCCAUGCCAGCAGAGUCAGCUGUAGCAGACACAGAGUGUAAGCAAUGAGAAUAGAGGAAAGAGGCAACCAAACACAUUUUCUCUGUCUGCAUGAAGUUAUCCUUCUCCCUAAUAAUAAUGUAAAAAGCCAUAGGAGACCAGUGACAAUAGCUUUGGAGUUAACAGGCAGUCUGAGAGAGCAGAAAACUCACUAUAGAAUAAGUGAUUAAUAGAACAGCUGCUUAAAUGUCAUGACUCUUCAGUCCUUCCAUCCACCUCUCUUUGAGGAACUUGCAGGAGCUGCAACAUCCACAGCACAGCCCAGGCAGCCACAAGCAAAAGCAGCUCUGACGACUCAAGGUGUAAAAGGAACGCAGAAGAAUGAAGCUGCAUUUUUUCAGACACUUAUUUUGUGUCCUGAGAUAAAGAGUUUGGUUUAUCCUAUAUGUAAACAGACAUGCCAUGAAAAGGGUACACAGCUAGAACAGGCCACAGGCUGCUGAAAGAUCUGCUUCAGUGUUACCGUGAGACAAAGUACCUCCACAAGCAGGUCACCUGGACUUCCUAAUAAAUACAAGAUACUGCUAACUGACAUUAUUGGAAGCAAUGGUUAAGAGUAGAUAUUUCAGCCCAAAUUAUUUUUUUUUCUUCCCAGUGUGCUUUAACAUUUGCUGUGACAUUUUCAGAUUAGAAUGCUAUGUCAGGACACCCAACUCUGCCCAGCAAAGCCCACACGCACAUACCACAGUAAAUAUUAGAGGAUGUUACUGCCACUCAAGCACACAAAUUCUGGAGACUAAGACACAGAGGACUUAAGCAUGAGAUUUAAAAAAGACCUGCCUGGUCACUUACUACAGUAAUGAGAUGAAAAAGAGUAUCUUUGGAAGUGGAUAAGCCUGACCCUGGAAGCACAUGGGCUUCCAACUCACAUGCAUGGAAUUUGUAGGCAGAAAAACAACAGGUCAGAAACUAUAAUGCAGAAAUAUUUGGGAUACAGGAACUAGAAGCAACGACAGAUGUUUAAAAACACUAAGGAUGCUGCUCUGAGCAGAGUUAUUGAUCGGUUUGAAGGACCAUAAGCUGUGAAUGUUACACAUUCUUUAGGACGGUUGUGUCGCCCCCAGCUGAGCAAACAGCUUCUCUGCUUUGCCAAUAUUUCCACCAUUCUUUUCCACACCUUGUUAACAUGUGAUCAUCAAGCUGGCUCUUGAAUUCUGUUCUGCACUCAGUUCUGAUGUAACAAGAAACUCAAUCCCAAGUGCAGCUCUGCACCAUUUUCAAAGUGAGCAACAUUCUGCAGAGACUGAUGCUCUAGAACAACUCCAUUAUUCUAGACUAUCAGAGUACAAUACCGUGAAGCUGAAAAAGAGUUUCUUCUAGCAGUAGGUUUGUAAAAACCAACUAAGAUUUGUAUCCAUUUGCCUGCAUUACUUUCUGGAAAGUAUUUUCUAGAAAUAAUAUGCUACGAUUAAUUGCAGGGUUUUUUAAAAUAAAAUAUUGGAAUAUUUAAAAGACAUUAUAUUAUUUCUUCUAAUAUUGCAAUAUCCAUAUUAUAAUAAUGUACAUUUAAAUUUUAAAAUCAGCUAUGUGAUGGGUAAAUUUGUAAUACUCAGUGUUACUGUGAUUAUUUUAGAUGUAUAAAUAAAGUUGUAAAUGUUCA